UGAUGAUAAUACCGAAGUUGAAGUUUUAACUGACGAUAAGGAAGACCUCGAUGAUGAUGAACUCGCCAAUCUGCAUACACAACCACUUGAACCACCUCCCGAAUCAGAUGCCAGAGAAUACGUCUUAUCAAUGCAUGUUUCCUGUGGCAGCCAUUCUUUAUCGUUAAUUGCAGCAGCCGAUUACGUUACUAUUUUGAAAGAAAAAGAGUAUACUGCAUUAAAACAAAUGCACUAUCAAUUUAUGUCAAAAGCAAGUGUGCUCUGGUCAGCGAUGAAACGUCCCAAAUCCUCCGAGGAGAUAAAAGAAAUUUUAAGCCGCAGUGUUGUAUACCCUGUGGAGACGCGGUGGAAUAGUUUAUUCGAUGCCAUUGGAGAUUUAUUAAAACAUCGUGAUAAAGAAAAAUUUCUAUUGAAUCAAAUAUUCAAAAAAUUGGGAAAAUGUGAUCCCUUUACUGCAAACGAUUACCGCUAUAUGCAAAUCUAUCGCAACGUAAUGGAGCCUAUUGCCAAAACGAUUGAUAUUCUACAAGGAGAAAAAGACACACACUAUGGAAUUUUUUUGCCCUCCAUUCACUCCAUAUACAUCAAGUUGACAAAUUUGAUAUGGCAGACAAAUGAUGCUUUGGAGAAAAAAUUGGGAAAUGCCGUUUUAGCGAAGUUGGAUUUUCGAUUCAAAAAGUUUAUAGACAUCGAUUUGUCUCACGAAGUUGUGAGAUUUGCAGUUGUGGCUACGUUAUCUCAUCCACAAUUGAAAUUAGACUGGAAAAUAGCGAAAAAAAGCGACCCAGAGGAGAUAACUGAAUUGAAUAAAGUUAUGAUAGCUUUGGUCAAAAAUGCGAUUUUGAAGCACAAUUGUCACAGCCAUUUAAAUUCAAGCGAUCAGUCAUCUGCUUCAGAUUCUUGUGAUAAGCCCAACUUGAAGUACAUGUUCAUCGAAAGAAAUGACAACCAGACUGCCGCUGCAUCUAUAGAAAAAACUAUUGAUACACAGAUUACUCUAUACCUGAAUUCACCAUCACGCGACGACCUCGAGCAAUUUGUUAUAAUGAAGAAGCUUUUUAAAAUACAUAAUACGGUACUCCCAUCAAGUGCGCCGGUAGAAAGAUUGUUUAAUAUGCCGUCAAUAAUCAGUCGAAGUCGCUUCAAUCUAAACGACGAAAAUUUUGAAAAUGCAGUGGUGUUAAAGGUGAACCGGCAGAAGCUGUCUUUAUUAGAACUUUGAAAAACUAUAAUUGCUCCUUUUUUCCUUUUUUUAAAAUUGUUUUUCUUUCAUUUUAAUGUGAAAAAUAAAUAAAAGACCAUUAACUUA